CCAAUAGGCACACUCAGUGCUGGGACCGGCCUGGGCUUGCAGACCGAAGCUCUGCAGAGCAGCCCCGGGGGCGCAGGCGAGCCAAAGAAAGAGGACCUUUAUGCCUUUUUGAGGGAAGCACAUUCUGCAAAGCUGUGGAAACAAAGAGAGGAACUGUUUGUAGCCCUAGUCCAGACGUCCCAAACAAACGAGCAGUGGAGAGAGAGAGAAACAUCAAUGUGAAAGAGAAACACCAAUUCAUUGCCUCCUUGAACAUGCCCCAACCGGGGAUCGAACUUGCCACCUAGACCGAGCGCAAGUGCCCCAGACACCUGGGCAUUGUGACUUGAAGAGCUACAGGCUUAGACUCUGCUCUCUCCUGCUGCCCUCUCCUGGUGGACGGUCGCUGAAGAUCAGACGCUGAGUCCUGGUGGAGUUCGUGGGGUUCCAGAUGUGCCCGGGUCUGGUUGCUGGUCUUGAAGCCAGACUCUCUGCGGCCUGUUAAAGGACAGCACGAUGUCCCUCACACUCCACCUGAAGUCCUGCCCUCCCUCUGUCAUCAGGGGUUUGAUUCUACAAAAGAAACCAAACAUCAGAAACAUGUCCGGCAUGGCUGGGGCCGCAGGGCAGCGGCCAGCCGGCGUGGUGCUCCUGCACAGGUCCCUCGCCCCGGACUUCGAGAAGUUCUGCCAGGCCAACAGGGGCCCUCUGCCCCUGCUGGGCAAAAGCGAGCCAGGAAGAUGGGCGUUGCCUGCCCUGGGCACUGUCCCAGACACCAGGGUGGACCGUCCCCGGUUCCAUAAGUACGAGUUCGGCGCCUGCACGGGCAGCCUGGCCUCACUGGAGGAGCACGCGGAGCAGCUCAAGGACAUGGUGACCUUCUUCUUGGGCUGCCGCUGGUCCCUGGAGGGGGCCCUGGAGAAAGCGGGGCUGCCCAGAAGAGACCCAGCAGGCCAUGGCCACAUGGCGGCCUACAAGACAACAGUGCCUUGCAUCACAGUUGCUGGCUUUUGCUGCCCUCUGGUGGUCACAAUGAGGCCCGUCCCCAAAGACAAGCUGGAAAAGCUGGUGCAAGCCAUUUGCUCAAUGGAGGGUGAGCAAGGACAACCCAUUCACAUUGGCGACCCAGAACUGCUGGGAAUCAAAGACCUUUCCCAACCUGACUUCGGGGAGCCUGAGGUGUGUCAGCCGGGGGACGUCCCGGUGUUCUGGCCUUCUCACCUGACCAGUCUCGAAGCUGUCAGCGGCUGCAAGGCCCCGCUGGCUUUCACCAGCGCACCGGGUUGCACAGUUAUGACUGACCUGAAGGAUAUGGAGGCUCCAGCCGGUUGUCUCACCCCAGAGAAAAUUCCAGAGGUCCACUGCAUUUCCCAAGAUCCUUUGCACUACAGCAUCACAUCAGCUUCAGCCGUUCGGAAGAUCAGAGAACUAGAGACUAUAAUUGCCGUAGACCCAGGCAACCGGGGGAUCGGGCACCUGCUCUGCAAAGAUGAGCUGCUAAAGGCCUCCCUGUCGCUGUCACAUGCCCACUCGGUGCUCAUCACCACCGGGUUCCCCACGCAUUUUAACCACGAGCCUCCGGAAGAGACAGAUGGCCCGCCCGGAGCCCUUGCUCUGGCCGCCUUCCUGCAGGCCUUGGAGAAGGGCGUCUCCAUGGUGGUUGACCAGAGAGCCUUGAGCUUGUUCAAGACGCUUGUUGAAGAGGCUGUUGAGCAAGGUGUCCUGAAGGCACAGAUCCCGGUACUGACUUACCCGGCUGGGUCGGCGGGGGCUGCCCGGACAUUCCUCUGCGGUGAUGGGGGCCCCAGGGCUCCUAGAUUCGACCAUCUGGUGGCGAUAGAGCGCGCAGGACGGGCUGCUGAUGGGAAUUACUACAAUGCAAGGAAAGUGAACAUCAAGCAUUUGGUUGAUCCCAUUGACAACCUUUUCCUUGAAGCCCAGAAAAUUCCUGGAAUCUCAUCAACAGGGGUCGGGGACGGAGGCAAUGAGCUUGGGAUGGGCAAAGUCAAGGAGGCCGUGAAGAGCCACAUACGAAAUGGGGAUGUCAUCGCCUGUGACGUGGAGGCUGACUUUGCUGUCAUCGCUGGUGUUUCUAACUGGGGAGGCUAUGCCUUGGCCUGUGCUCUGUACAUCCUGAACUCCUGUGAGGUCCAUGCGCGCUCCCUGAGGAAGGCAGCCGGGCCCUCCAGAGCAGCUGGUGAAGAGAGCUGGACUCAGGCGCUCCCAUCCAUCAGCAAGGAAGAAACAAUGUUGGGCAUCUUGGUGCGGCACAAAAUCCGGAGUGGUGUCUCGGGCAACGUGGGCAUGGAGGUGGACGGGCUGCCCUUCCACGACACCCACGCCCAGAUGAUCCAGAAGCUGUUGGACGUCACCACGGUGCGCCUGUGACCCUACGCGUUACGCGCCUGGGGCCUCAUCUGGAUCUGAGGAGGAGCCCCUGAGGGCGCCGCUCCUUCCUGCAGCAGCUGUGCACACGGACCUGGGCCUGGGGUGCGCCGGGCUGGGCGCCUCCCACCUGCUGCCUGGGAGGGCGGUGCGGGUGGACCGAGGACCUGUCCCUCCGGGGCUUCCAGGUUUUGCCUUUGUUUGUACGGUGCCAGUGGCAUUGGUUUCAACCCUCCUUCACCCCGGUUUCUUCAGGCCGCCCUCAGGGUCUGCUUGGAGGGUCUCCUGACCCAUCCCUCACGGGGACACCGGUGAGCAGUGGGGAAGCAGGCAGACAGCGCCGUAGGUCACCGGGCCGGAAACAGCCCCCAGGCUGAUGAUGAAAUAGUAAAAUGCACACACGUGUGGGUUAUAUUUAUGAAACUCCAGGGCUUUUAAAGGUUUACUCAGCCCAUGACCAAUAAAAUAC